AUGUCUGUCGGUGCAAAAUCUUAUCGAAAUUCGUCAAAAAAUCGAUGUUUUGCUCAUUGCUCUAGUGUUUCCGAAGAUCUCAAACCUUUCACGACUACACGGUGGAACACAUUUGUAAGCAGUGUGAAUAUUUGGAAAGAUUUAGUGGGGUAUCAGGCUGAUAUAGCGAGAGCCUUUUUACGCGAAGUUGGACCUGAUGCACUGGUCGAUACUGCUGUAGGCUUACCAGUACCAGAAAGUGGUGGAUAUCACCCGACGUGCUAUCGCUAUUUCACAGAUUCAUCCAAGCAAGAGAGAGGGAAACUCAACAAAGACAAACAAAAAACAGACGCUGCAUCAUGUCAAACUUUAGAAUUGGAGCCUUCUACGUCAAGUGCAGGCGGUCAAGCUCCAGGUCCGUCCUCAGCCUCAGCAAUAAGACGCUUACGGUCAAACUCCAGUGUUGCUGGUGCUUCAAAGCAGCCCUCUGUCUCUGCCCACAUUCUACCAAAGAUUUGCAUCAUCUGUCGACAAAAUAAAACUCAUAAGGACUCUGAGGGGAAGAAAAAGAAGGAACCAUUAAUGCUGUGUCAACAGCCAGAUGGUGGAAUAGUAGCAACAGCUGCUAAAGACAAGAAGGACGACCACAUUCUUCUUCAGAUCCAGGACAGAGACUGUGUAGCAAUAGAGGUCAGGUAUCAUCGCAGUUGUUUCAGGAGCUAUACUGUCUACCAAUCAAGGAAAAGUGUUGAGCCCAUCAAGGAGCAGAAGUAUGGAAAGGCAUUCCUUACAUUUUGCAGUUAUGUUGUAGACAAGAAGAUCAUACAAGAGAAGCAAAUAUAUAGAAUGACAGCACUGAGAAGAUUGUUUGUAAAAGCUGUUAAAGAUGUUGAGUCUAAAGAUGCAUCAAAUUACAAGACCUACAGCCUAAAACAACGCCUGAAACGAAAAUAUCCACAACUCUGCUUUCUUCAGCCUAAGAAGAGGUAUGCAAGUGAAAUGGUGUAUGUCGAGACGCUAUCAACUGAAGACCUUGUGCCAGGAGCAGUUGGUUCUGAAGGAGAAGAAACAGACACCACCACUGAUACAGACGCCCUAUCUGAUACUGACACAGACAUCACAGACGUUGAUGAAAGCAUAGAACCUCCAACGAAGCGACAAAAGGGCGGGAAUGGUAGACGAUCCAAACCUCCAAUGGCCUCACUUCGAGAUCGCUACGCCUCUGCACUGGACCUAAAGGACGAUGUCAUGCAGACCAGGACCAGUCUACCAUGGCCUCCAACAUCAUCUGAUUUAACAUUGGAUUCUGCACGCACAAUAGUAUCCACCAAGCUGUACAAUUUUCUAGCAUGGGUUGUAGGUGCUUCUGAGGAUCCAGAAGAAGAGGAGAAAGUCAAGAUAGGAGCAGCAGAAGAUCGUCGUAUCCUUACAAUUUGUCAAGAUAUUAUCUACAUGGCUACAAAGGGGAGGAAGAUGAUGCCCAAGCAUACAUCUCUAUCAAUGGCAAUGCGUCAUUUGAGUGGUUCAUCACAGCUGAUUGGGCUACUUAACGGUUUUGGAUAUUGUGUGUCGCACACUAAUGUUUUGGAGCAUGAUACGGCUCCAGGGCUGCAGGAGAUAGAGAAAGGUUCAAGUAAGCUUCCGUCCAGUCUGGAAAAGAAAAGGGACGACACAUAA